UCAAUAUUGCAGCCAUUUUGGGCUCCUUGAGUUUAGGUGCAACGCUUGCAAUGAGGGUUAAUAAACACCAUGGGUCCCCUGAGAGAACCUUUAUUUUACUGGAUCUGUUGUCAUCGCACAUAACCUUACGCAGAACAGGUUGGAAGACGUUUCUCCAGUUGCCCACCUGAGACACUGAAGACUGGAAUUUUCAUAUGCUGUUCAGACAUGAACAUUGGCAGAUGGAUCUAGAGUACUUGGCAUGAAGUAUCUGGUGGAAAGUAUCUUUUCCUAUUGGCUCCAUGAAUUUGUGGAAUUAUCUUUGCUGAUGGGUCUGCUGAAUGGCAUCUCUGCAGAAGUAACUCCUUUCUGCUUGGGCUGUGGCGUUUGACCACCUUGGCUUAUGCAGGAUGAAAGAGAUUGCUUUAAGGCAUAGCAGCAUACUGUGAAGAAGAUCUGUUGGAAGGUGAGCCGAAAAUGGUGGAACAUGACAAUACCUCUGAAAAACCUGCAAAUGGAGCACAGCAAGCUAUGCUUUUGCACUCACAGAACCGAGUGAGUUCUAAUUUUGAACAUUCGGAGACGAUAUCUGUUGAUGAUGAAAAUAAACCAGGCGUGGUGGAGAAGAAAACAUAUACUAUUAACGCUUGGAUUGUCCAUUUUUUCGUAGUUUUAUUCUCUCUCUCUUUUAUUGGCAAUAUUGUCCAAGGGGUUCUCCAUGGUAUCUCAUUGAAAUGCCCUUCAUGUGCCGGCCCCUGCCCCCAAGGCUGGGUUGUGCACGAAGCCUGGUGCUACUAUUUUUCAACUGCUGAGGCAACCUGGAACUCCAGUCAGAGCAACUGCUCUUCUCAGGGUGGCUCCCUGACAGCAAUCGAUACUCCAAGUGAAAUGGAAUUUCUACUGAACGAGAAGAAAGCAACUGUUUAUUGGAUUGGGCUACAGAGGGAGAAAGGACAGCCCUGGAAAUGGACAAAUGGCUCAUAUUUUGACCCUUGGUAAGGUAUCCAUUUGAUUCAAGUUUCAGAUGAUCUUGAGGCGGUUGUGUGAUUAGAGAUUUCUGUUAAAUAUUGCUCCAUUAAACAAACAUAGAAAGAAAAGUUGUGUCUCUUUUUAAAGGAAUUGGAAACGAAACCUCUGUCGCAUGAUCCACUGUGCUGCAAGGGGCUUGGAUGAGGCAGAUAUGCUUCUUCUCCCAUCUCUGCCUGGAUCCCUGGCCUAUGCUGGUGAGGGAUGCCCCAA